AUGCCAACAUCUUCUGCAAAAUCAAGCUCGAAUUCACAUUCACAAUUCAAGAAGAAGAUCGAAGUGAAGUGUUGGUGUGAAGAUUUAUGCCAUGUGUUUGUUUCACGCACACCAGAAAAUCCAGGCAAGAAAUUUUGGGGGUGCCCUAAUUAUAAGGGAGAAGGAGGUUGUGGGUUUUUCAGAUGGGUUGACAAUGAAGGAAUUCAAAAGCAAGACAUGAUGCCAGAGUCAAAUCGCAUUACAGAGCAGUGA